AUUUAUUGUUUUAUUUUGCAGAUCAAUUUAAAUUCAAACAUGUCAGACCUCUCUACUUGGGUGAGUGACCGAUUACACGACAUGCUUGAUAUUUCGGACAGAAAUAUUGCGGAUUUUCUGUUGGGACUGUGCAAAAAAUCCGCAAGCCCCGAAGUAUUUCUGGAGAAGAUUCGGGAAACUGAAACUAUUGAUAUAAAUGAUACGGUUAAAAGCUUUUCUGUCGAGUUAUGGGGAAAAAUUCCCCGUGAAGCGUCUGCGGGGGAAAAAAGGAAACUAGAAAACAGACGUAAAGAAGAGGAGGCGAGAGAUAUGGCACAGAAGAAUAAACGAUUUGCCCUGGUUGAAUCAGAUCCAGAGGAUGAUCUUAACAUCAAACCAAAAAAGAAAAAGAAAAAGAAGAAAAAAGAGAAGGAUAAGGAUAAGAGUGAGAGUGAGGAUGAGUUUGAUAGGAUGGAGAAUGAAAGAUUGGAAGAUUUGAAGGCGAGAGAUGAGUUCCAUCAAAGAAUGAUUGCCAAGGAUAAAGAGAAACAGAGAAAUAUUGUCACUAAGUCGGACAAGAGAGCAUAUGAGGAGGCAGCUAAACGCCUAGCUCAGGAAGCUGAGGACCGUGAGAAAAUGCUUCCAGAUUUAAGAAAAGAAUCCCGACGGAACUACCUCGCGAAGCGAAAGGUUGACAAGCUGCAGGAGCUGGAGUUGGAUGUGAUGGAUGAUGAGUUCCUGUUCGACGAAACAUCUUUAACAGAACGAGAGAAGGUUGAGAGGAGAUACAAGAAGAAGAUCUUGGAGUUGGCCAAGCAGCACGACAAGGCUAGCGAGGUGGAGAAGGUCCAGCGCUAUCAGAUGCCCAGCGAGAAGGGAGAGUUGAACUCUUAUCUAGAAGAGGAUACCAAGGAGAAGACUGCUGGGUAUGAGCAGAGGAAAUGGGAAGAGGAACACCUCCAGCAGGCAACCUUGAAGUUUGGAGCUAAGGACGCCAAGGCUCGACACAAGGAGAAGGAGAAGGAUUACGAAUAUAUCCUUGACGAUGAAAUAGAGUUUGUCCAGGCUCUUAAGAUGCCUGGAACUAAGGAUGAGAGUGAGGCAAAGGAAUUAUCUGAACAUGAGAAGAAGAAAAUGAGUAUUGAGGAAACUAAGAAGAGUUUACCCGUCUAUCCCUUCAAGCAAGAUCUAAUAGAGGCAGUUCGAGCACAUCAGGUUUUGAUAAUAGAGGGCGAGACAGGAAGUGGUAAAACAACCCAGAUUCCUCAGUAUCUUCACGAGGCAGGGUUUACAGAAGGUGGGAUAAAGGUUGGAUGUACUCAACCUAGAAGAGUUGCUGCUAUGUCUGUAGCUGCAAGAGUAGCAGAGGAGAUGGGGUGUAAACUAGGAAACCAGGUUGGAUACAGUAUCAGGUUUGAGGAUUGUACAAGUGAAAGAACUGUGAUUAAAUAUAUGACGGACGGAAUGUUGCUCAGAGAGUUUCUCUCUGAACCUGAUCUCAAGUCUUACAACGUUAUGAUUAUUGACGAGGCUCACGAGAGAACACUGCAUACUGAUAUAUUGUUUGGUCUGAUCAAGGAUAUUGCCAGGUUUAGACCGGAUCUAAAACUUCUCAUCUCUAGUGCAACCCUGGACGCGGAGAAAUUUUCUGAAUUUUUUGACAAUGCUCCAAUUUUCCGAAUUCCAGGCCGAAGAUUUCCCGUCCAUCUUUACUACACCAAAGCCCCGGAAGCGGAUUAUAUUGACGCAUGCGUAGUGACAGUUCUUCAGAUUCACGUGACGCAACCUCUUGGUGAUGUAUUAGUUUUUCUCACGGGACAGGAGGAGAUUGAAACCUGCCAGGAGCUGCUGGUAGAACGGACUAGAAAGUUUGGAUCUAAGAUCAAAGAAUUGAUUGUUGUUCCUAUAUAUGCCAACCUACCCAGUGAGAUGCAGGCUAAAGUGUUUGAACCUACUCCGUAUGGAGCUAGGAAAGUUGUGUUGGCGACGAAUAUAGCUGAGACAAGUUUAACGAUAGAUAAUAUUAUCUACGUGAUAGAUCCAGGGUUCAAUAAACAGAACUCCUACAAUGCUAGGACAGGGAUGGAGAGUUUGAUCAUUACUCCAGUGUCUAAGGCGAGCGCGAAUCAGCGAGCUGGAAGGGCCGGAAGAGUGGCAGCAGGAAAAUGUUUCAGACUGUACACCGCCUGGGCUUACCAACACGAACUAGAGGAGAAUCCAGUUCCAGAGAUCCAGAGAGUUAAUUUAGGGAACGUUGUCCUUCUCCUCAAAUCCCUUGGGAUAAACGACCUUAUACACUUCGAUUUCCUGGAUCCUCCCCCACAUGAGACACUCGUGCUUGCUCUAGAACAACUCUAUGCUCUAGGUGCUUUGAAUCAUAUGGGUGAGCUGACCAAGUUGGGUAGGCGUAUGGCUGAGUUCCCCUGUGACCCUAUGAUGUCCAAGAUGCUGUUGGCAAGUGAGAAGUACAAGUGUGCUGCAGAGUGUUUAACUAUUUCCUGUAUGCUGAGCAACAAUGCUUCUAUCUUCUACCGACCUAAGGAUAAAAUAAUACAUGCAGAUACAGCCAGAAAGAAUUUCUUUGUCCCAGGUGGAGACCAUUUAACCCUGUUAAAUGUUUACAAUCAGUGGGCUGAGACCGAUUUUAGUAGUCAAUGGUGUUAUGAAAAUUAUAUACAGCACAGGAGCAUGAAACGAGCCAGAGAUAUCAGGGAUCAAUUAGAAGCUUUACUGGAUAGAGUAGAGAUAGAGAUUGCAUCCAAUCCACUAGAUACUAUAGCUAUCAGAAAAAGUAUAACAGCUGGAUAUUUCUACCAUACGGCGAGAAUGAGCAAGGGAGGAAACUAUAAGACAGUAAAACAUAACCAACAAGUGAUGAUACACCCCAACUCGUCUUUGUUUGAGGAUCUGCCCAGGUGGGUGAUCUACCAUGAGCUCGUCUUUACCACCAAGGAGUACAUGAGGAACACUAUUGAGAUAGAGAACAAGUGGCUGCUUGAAGUUGCUCCGCAUUAUUACAAGGCUCGUGAGCUGGAGGACUCCACGAUGAAGAAGAUGCCGAAGGGUCGAGGGAAGGCUAAGGAGGAGCUUGGUGGAGAUGCCGCGGCAGGGAUUUGAAAAAUAAAAAAAGAAUCCCCAGCCAUACUUUGGUCAAAGCUAAUAUUUUCAAUUUAAUCGUUGAGAGGUUAUGAUGUACAAACACAAAAAAUCAGAAAUAAGUAUAUUUUAGAUAUUUUUAAAAAGAUGGUCGUCACACGAGGUCAAAAGAAAUGUGAUAAAAACGCGAAUAUUUUGUUUUCAGA